AUGGGAACUCCAUCAGAAAUGAAGCCAGCCUACAUCGCAACCUUGGAGGAAGACUGGAAGAGCCUGGCUAAAUUCUAUGAGAAACAUAAAGAUCGCCUGUUGACUCCAAUGUCAUUCACCGAAGAUACUGCAUUUCAUAUGGCUGUCUACAGUAAAGAUGAGAAAUUGCUCAAGUGUCUUCUUGAUUACGCACAGGAUGCGCCUACGUCCCAGGAUCAUAAACAUCCCAUUAGUAUUACAAAUGUUUAUGGACACACACCACUUCAUUUAGCUGUCAGCAGAGGAAACUCUGAGGCAGUAAAGCUCUUGGUGGAGGAAUCAAAGAAAAUCCUUGUGGGAGAAUCAGAAAAUGAGAAAACAGAUAUAAUGUUGAUGAAAAACAAGCAAGGCGAGACCCCAUUGUUUAGAGCUGCUGCGUUUGGUCAGACUGAAAUAGUCAAGUAUUUGGCUCGUCAACCUGCACAAAUAGUCAAUGAUGAGCUUUUAUUAGUUCAUCGCCAAAGGAAUGAUGGACAAUCUAUUCUUCAUGUUGCAGUCCUAGGGGAGAAUUUUGGUCUUCCGGCUGAAGAUGAGUGUGAUGGGGCCAUCAAUGAAGAUACAUCAAGAGUUUGGGAAGCUAUGGAGAGUGGCCGAAGGAGGAAUAUGAAAAGUCGAUUUAGCUACCAUGUCCACGGAGGGUGGCCGAUGGUGGAAAGAAUCUGGGAAAAUAAGAGGAAGCAUAAAUUUGCCUUGCGACUGGCAAAAAUGCUAAUAAAGAGUGAUGUUUCGUGGGAUCAAGAUAUUGCUGUACAGGGCCUGUAUGGAGCUAGCACUGGAUCCCCUGUCUCUGAUCCUUCGCAUCCUUUGCUUACAGCAACAAAAACAGGAAUACUAGAGGUUGUUUAUGAAAUGCUCAUAGAGAAGCCUCAUUUGCUUGAUCUUCUUGACAAAGAAGGGAAGAACAUAUUGCAUGUAGCUAUAAAGUACAGACGCAAGGAUAUUUUCCAUCUUAUAAAGAGUAACCGGAUAAUAUCGAACAGGAUGAGCUAUGGAAUUGGCAAAGAUGGCUACACGUUGUUGCACCAAGUAGCAGACAACAAGCAUUACUCUGUAGGAAGCACGCAUGGUCCUGCACCACAAUUACACGAAGAGUUAAAAUGGUUCACAGUAAGCCCCUUUCGUACAGUAUCUUUAGAUCAUUGUAUUAUAUUAUUUUAA